CAGCGCGUCAGGCACGAUGGCUGCGGACAGUUCCCUGCUGCUGGCGCUGGUGGAGGAAUUUGUCUCCGGACUCCAGGACAGCAAGGCAAAGGAUGCAGCAAAAGGUCUCAAAGAUGGACAGUUUACAAUACUGCAGUUAGUGGAAGCACUAGGACUCAGCCUGACCAGCUCUCAGCCUCACACCCGAGCCCGGGGAGUCCAGCUCCUCUCUGAAGUCUUACAGGAGAAGUAUGAGGAUCUCACACAGAGAGAAGUGGAAGUGCUCCUUGCCUUCUAUGAAAACCGCCUGAAGGACCAUUAUGUCGUCACGCCGCCUGUUUUACGGGGACUGCAAGUACUGACAAAAUGCAACAAGUUGCCUCCUGGCUCAGCUGUGUCGAUGCUGAGGUCUUUGUUUCAGGAUGUUCAUGUACAGUCGCUGAUGCUUGCAGAGAGAGCGUGCGUCUACAACAUGCUCAUCAACCUCAUGGAAACCAGAGAAGCAGAGCUGAAGGGGUUAGGAGCCGACUUUGUUUUCGGGUUCGUCCAAUCCAUGGAUGGAGAGAGGGAUCCUCGCAACCUCCUGUUAGCCUUUCAGAUUGCCAAAAACAUCACUGUCAGAGGAUACGAUCUCGGUAAAUUCACAGAGGAGCUGUUCGAGGUGACGUCCUGCUAUUUCCCCAUCGAUUUCAACCCACCCGCCAACGAUCCUCACGGGAUCACCAAGGAGGAACUGAUCCGGGCGCUGAGGGCCGUCCUCACGGGGACGCCACAGUUUGCUGAGUUUCUGUUGCCUCUCCUCAUCGAGAAGCUGGACUCAGAUGUUCAGAGUGCGAAGCUGGACUCGCUGCAGACGCUGACCGCUGGGGUGCAACAGUAUGAACACAAGGACUUGGCUGAAUUCCUCGAGGGACUGUGGGCGUCGCUGCGCCGAGAGGUGUUCCAGACAUCCAGCGAGAAGAUCGAGUCGGCAGCCCUCGCUGCGCUCAUCGCGCUCACUUCCUGCCUUUCUCGCUCAGUCCUCAACUCCGACUCUGAAGACUCCCUCAGCUCCUUCCUGGAUCUUGUUCUCAAAGACUGCAGACAUCAUCUGUGUGAGCCCGACUUGAAGCUGGUGUGGCCCAGCGCCAAGCUGCUGCAGGCGUCCUGCAGCGCCUCCAACAGGGCGAGCCACAUCGUAGCGGCGGCCGUCAUGCCCUCGCUCAUAGAGCAGUACAACAACCGGACGCAGUGUUCCCACAGACGGACGUUGCUGGAGGUGUCACAGCGAUUCCUCCAGUCGGUAAAAACCGGCCAGUCUUCAGAGAGCGAGGAGAGUGUGUUUUCAGCCUACAGAGAUUCUCUGUGCAGCAUGGUGUUUUCAGCUCUGGCUGAGAGUAAUUCCAGCCUGCAGAUCACUGCAGCCUCUGUGCUCACCUCACUGGCGCAACAGACGGGUCUCCUGUCAGACUCUGAUGUGGAGGUUGCUGUGGAUCAUCUGACCAGACUGCUGCUGACGGAUGAAGAUGAGAGAGUCAGUGUCUCUGUGGUGGAGUGUGCUGGAGCCUUAGCAGAACUGCAACCGGCCGCCUUCGUCACUAGGAUGAUCCCAAAACUGAAGGAGGAAAUGUUUACUGUUCAGGACAACAGAGACGUUUCAGAGUUACAUUCCCAUCAUGCAGUGCGACAGCGGUGCUUGUCUGCUUUGGCUGCGGUGUCCAUCCAGCCCAGCAUCAUCCAGGAGAGCACACCUGUCAUCCUGGAGGUCCUCAGCUCAGCACAUACAGGCAGCGUCGGUUUCUCCGUGGACGAGGUGGUGCUGGCGUGCCGCAGCCUUCAGAAGAUAGCGGAGCAGGUUCGAGACACCGAGGAGACGGGGCAGUGUUUCCAUGACGUCAUCAUCCCCCGCCUGCUGUCUCUGGCGCUGCAGGCAGCGCUGCAGGGUGAGAGGUCGUCUGGUCACCACAGUCUGCUGGUGGAGGAGGUCUUCCUGUCUGCUCUGGUUCCUGUCAUCAGCACUUCCUGCUCCAGGCUGCAGCCCAUGUUGGCGGAAAAGACGGCGUCGAGGGCUGUCUCUCUCUUCCUAGAUGGUGAUGUCUCCUUCCUGCCCGACAACUCCUUCCCUUCAAACAUCAAGUUGCUGAAGGACCAGCGGGGGGAGUCAUGGAGUCAGUCUCAGCUGGUCUGUCUGCUCAUGGGCUGCGUGUGCUCGUUACCGCGCAGCGUGGAUGUGCCCCAGAUGGAGCAGCUGCUGACACAGCUGGAGGAGAUGAGCUGCACCUGCAGCCACCGGCUGUCGUACGCGUCUGCUGCAAAGUGCUUCGCUGGUCUGAUCAACAAAAGGCCUCACGGUGAAUCUCUCGACAGCCUAAUUCAGAGGACGAUGAAGAGAGUGUGCAGGGAGUUGGACUGCACUUCCUCCCCCGUGCGCACUCAGGCCUUCACGCUUCUGAUCUGGGUUGCCAAGGCUCUGCUCUUGCGAUACCACCCUCUGUUCACAGCUCUGACUGACAAGCUCUUCUCUCUGCUCGACGAUGCCGAUCUGGGUCCGAUGGCAGCGGACGGCUUCUCUCUGCUGAUGAGCGACUCUCCUGAUGUCCUGAACCGCAGCUGCCACGCUGACGUGCGCAUCAUGUACCGCCAGCGCUUCUUCAGCGAGAAUUCAGCCAAGCUGGUGCAGGGCUUCAACGCUGCGCCGCAAGAGAAAAAGCCCAACUACCUGAAGGCUCUGUCAAAUAUCGUCAAUAAACUACCGAAGCAGGUUCAAGUCACCGAGCUACCAGCGUUACUUUCUCUGCUCCUGGAGGCCUUGACGUGUCCCGACCAGGGCGUCCAGCUGUCCACGCUGUCCUGUCUGGAGCCCGUCCUCGUCAACCCCCCAACAGUCCUCAUCCAGCAGCUGGAGGCCCUGGUCAACCGGCUCACGGCCCUCGUCUGCAGCCCAGUCAUGACUGUGAGAAUUGCUUCAAUACGCUGCAUCCACGCCGUCUCCAGCUUCCCCGUACAUGAGGUCUUGCCGUUUCGGGCUCGAGUGCUGCGAGCGUUGGCCCCACCUCUGGAUGACAAGAAGAGGCUGGUGAGGAGAGAAGCAGUUCAGGCCCGAGCAGAGUGGUUCCUCGUAGGAAGUCCUGGAGGAAGGUGAUCCUGCACCAGACGUCCAACCAAAUUCAGAGGAAACUCCAGGACCAGAAGUAUCAAAGCUGCACUUGGCUUCGCAGCUCCACGUUCUCCAGUAAACUCUCCUGGAUCUCCCAGCAUUUCUCCAGCCUCUCCUCCCCCUCCAAUGUCCCUCUGUUCUCGUUACUGUCCUUUUCUUUUUUUUAUGAAGUAAUUCCUUAGUCAACCGUCUGUUAUUUGGGCGGGUAAAUGACUGACUGAGUGUUGUCUAAACGAGAGAAAGAAAACAAACAGCUCCGUGUUGUCAUCCCGGUGUAAAUGUUCCAUCCAAUAUCUCCAUUCGGUCUCUUAACAGGUUACCAUAUACUCACGUCACUGUUUGCACUCACAUUGUCUUUACUCCCCUUUAGACGUCAACCUGUUUCAUAAAUAACAUACUUGCAGAGAAACUUACAUAUUUGGCACAUAUCACCAAUUCAUACUUGACACAGGAUGGACAGAGUGCCAAAGGUUUAUAUUUAAAAUUAAAUUUUUUUGAAUGUUUUAGUUUGAGUAGUUACUCAAAAUACAUCUUAUCCCCAUUUUAAUGAACUAAAAAAAAGUUCAAUAAAACAUCAUCAUAAAUCACCAUUUUCUUGCUUUCAGUAUUUACAUAUCAGCUUGUAGGAAGCCGUCUUGGUGUUGUGAGACCCUGAAUGUCUGAGGAGCUGCUGGAGUUAUGCUCUGUGGCCCCUUCAGCUCCUACGCUAAAGAAAUGGAGUUAAAACAGCCCUAUUAUUAGGUGGGGAGGAGUGCAAACUUACAUUAGGGACCAAAACGACAAGAACCUAAGCAGUUUUGAGUGAGAAUGGAAUAUGUUUGUAGCAAAAUGGCAAUUAAUGGUAGUGCAGAGGUAAAUGGAGCUGUGACAUUGAAACAAGACUAAAACAUGUCAUUUACGUUGAGUGUAAGUGUGGAUGGGUCCCUGCAGACUUCAGCCAAGUAACUUUCAGGGUGCAUAGAAGGUGUAUAUAAAGGAUUGUUUGUACAGACGUCUCGCUGUGGUCGUGGCCGCCUUGUUUGAAGUCCGUACAAGUUGACUACCAAAUGUUUUGCAAACUCGAUGGACAGUUCAUGGCUUCUGGAUCAGUAUUUAUACAUAAACAAUGUAUGAGGAAAUAAGCAAAUGUUAUGACGCAGAGGCCUUUGACCCUAGUUUGCACGUCUGUAGUCGACUUGUACGGACUCCAAACAAGCUGGUGGGGACGUUCAGAGAUAGCUGUACUUGCAGUCCCUUUUUUUUUUUUUUUGCACUUUCAAAGUUAAAAGGACCUUGUUUUAAUGUAGGAACCCAAUUCACAUCGUCACUUAAGUGGAAUUACAUGUGAAUCUUAUAGCCUUGAAAUAACUAUUUUGGACAUAGUCCACCCUCUGGGCCAACGUUGUUUAGUGUUUUAAACAUAUUUUCAGUUCUCACUCAAAACUGCUUUAGUUCACUUAUUUUGGUCCCUAAUGAACAUUUACACUCUAUAUACCAUCUAAUAACAGAGUCAGGGCUGUUUUAAAUCCACAAUGUUCCUCGUAAGAGAGAAGGCAAAGCAAGUGAAGUGUUUGAGGAUUUGGGUUGUUGGAAAGUCAAUGAUCCUCAUUUCUCUGCAGAUGCAGAUGAGGGCAGCACUGAACCCGGCACAUUCACCCAGAGCCUUUAUUUAUUUCAACUUAUGAAUGUUUCACUGGGGAGAAAACUCCCAACUGCUGCUGGUUGGUAAAUUGGUAAAUGUGGAUGUGCUGGGGGUCUUGUGGUCGUUCACGGCGGGAUGUUCCACAUCUUUACACACCCGGAUUUAUGACCUUCGAAUUAAGUUACGUGAAUAAUGUCACACAUUUGCCUUUUAUUUUGUGAACCUUUGGACAGAUGUGCGAUAUCAACUUAUACAAAUUUCAACAAAACUGGUUUAUUUUGGACCUCAUCAAUUUAUGCCAAGGAAAUGGACAAUAUUUAAUGUGUCUAACUUAAGAUGUCAAUAAAACUUUGUAAUA